AUGGAUCUGCUACUAGUCCUACUCGGACUGGUUUCUGGAGCCGCCGCACGCGAUCCGAUUGGACAGAAUCUCAUCGUCAUUCUUGCUGAUGGAUAUGGAGCAACACUAUUGAAUAAUACCAAGCAGGAUGCAACUUUCGGAAUCCGACACCUUGCCACGCACGGAGUGCAAGUAGAUUACGUGACACCUUCAUUUCCGACACAUACAUGGCCACAAUGGAUGAGUUUAUCGACAGGUCUCUACACUGAGAAUCAUGGAUUUACUGCUGAUUACAUGUGGGAUCGUAAAACAAACUUCACUUUUGAAAGAGGAACAGGACCAAAUGACACAGACGAUGUUUGGUGGAAUGAUGCAAAGGCUCCACUCUGGUACACUGCUGGAAAAGCUGGUGUUGAUGUUCACUGCUACUGGUUCGCACAUUGUCAUCGCGCUUUCUACGAUAUGGUUGUUCAAGUACCAGAGAAACGUUGGGCAAAUCUUGAUGAUGCACAUCAAACUGACAACUUGAGAGACAUCUUCCCAGAAAUUGCCAACAGAAUUUCCAAAUAUCAAGUUUACAAGCAACAGAUGUUUCUGAUUCGUUAUGCUAACAUCGGAAAUGCUCAAAAAGAGCAUGGACCAGAGUCGGAUGAAGUGGAGCAAGAAGUUGCUAAAUUUGAUCUUUAUAUCAAUGAGCUUCAGCAACUACUCGAGGAUCGCGGCUUGUUUUCUUCGACUAAUUUGGUGGUUAUGUCUGAUCACGGAUAUACUCCUCUACAGAAAGAAGAACAAUUCUUUAUGGAACAAUGCCUUCCGGAUUUUUCAUUGGUGAAAAAGAUUGUGAACUCCCACAGCAUGAUUAUGGUCUUCACCAAUCCAGAAGACGAAGGAACUGUUCAUUACGAAUUCAGUGUGUGUGAGGUGUGGUCCCCAAUGGGAGACUACGAUGAGAAUGACACUCCGUUUGUGAAGACCUAUAGGAUGUCUGAGUUGCCCGACGAUCUUCACUGGAAAAAUUCUCGUUUCAUGAGUGGUGUUGUCCUUAUCACAAAGCCAGGAACAAGUGUUGUUACGAAGGAGCUUCCAACUGUUCCACACAGCGGUGAUCCGACAAUUGAUGCUAAACAAGCGUCCGGAUGGGAGCCAACUCAUGACGACAUGAAGGGUAUUUUCGUUGCUCGUGGUCCAGCAUUCAGAGAAAACGAACGAUUUGGUCCAAUCGAAAUUGUCGAUGUCUAUCAAAUGCUUCUGAACAUUUUGAGCAUUGAACCUGCUCAUCCUCAUAAUGGAACUUGGGGAAAUGUCGAACACAUGCUUAGCGAAGGGUGGGAGAAUCGCGGUCCAACUGAAAACUCGUCUUUUCGGUCAUCUUGCACACUUCUUUGUUUUAUUUCUGUUCUUUUACGUUUCUUCUUCUAA